AUCUCAAUGGUGUCAUACCUAGACCAACAUUGAGGUCCCAGAUCCAACUCCAGAACUGAAACAAAAAGAGAAAAGAACGGACAAGUUUGUGAUUAUUUAAUUUAAUUUAUUUUAAUCAGACCCCAAAGCUUUGUGCGAUUAUUCUCCGUCGUCAUCGUAAAAGGCAUAAUAGGAAAAGAAAACGUUUCCGUCUGAAUUUUCUUCUUUUCCCCGUAAUAGUGUACUGUGUGUUGUAGUUGCUGUUCCGUUUUCUCAAAAUUUCUAGAACCUACACCUCAUUUUCUUCCCUCCACUCCUUUUUCUUCUUCUUCCUCUUCUAUUAAACUCUCUCCCGUACACGGAACCUCUCAAAAAAGAAGGGGAAAAAUUUAUCUAAUCUUCCUUUCCUUGAUUGCUUCUCUCAUUCAUUCCUAUCUGAUUCAAUCAUCCCUUUCUUCAAGCAGCUGUAGCAGCUAGCUCUCUUUUUUUUCUUGCUUCCGAGUUAUGAUCUGUCUUGGAUUUGCAGCAACGAUCUUCCAUGGAAGCAGAUAGGCAGAAACAGCUCUUCGACACCAUAGCUAGCUCCAACUAUUUCCUCUUCGGUUUCUACUGCUGGGAUUGGGAAUUCCUCACCGCUCUCCUUCUCUUCAGUUGCCCCGCCGCCACCACCAUCUGAACAAACCCCAUCCUCCCACCAUUUCCAUUUCUUUAGCUCUAGCUCUCUCAGAUUAAUUACCAGUUACAGGAACCAAAACAGAGUUCCUUUCUUCUUUUUCUUUUUAUAGAUUUUAAUUGUUCACAGAGUUUUUCCCCCAAAAUUUCCGGGGAAUCUUGGUGGCGGUGGUGUUUUUUUUUUUAAAUCGAGCGGAAAAGAUGGCUCAGAGAUCGGUGCCGGCGCCGUUUCUGACGAAGACGUUCCAGCUGGUCGAUGAUCCGGCGACCGACGAUGUGGUUUCGUGGAGCGAGACCGGCGCGACGUUCGUGGUGUGGAAGACGGCCGAUUUCGCCAAGGAUUUGCUCCCUAAUUACUUUAAGCACAACAAUUUCUCCAGCUUCGUCCGACAGCUCAAUACUUACGGGUUUCGGAAGAUCGUCCCGGACAAAUGGGAGUUCGCCAACGACAACUUCCAGCGCGGCCGCAAGGAGCUCCUCUCCGACAUCCGCCGUCGCAAAAACGUCACUCCGGCCCCACCGAAAGGGGGCAGAGCCGACGGAGAAGGGAACAGCAACAACGACGGCGGCGACAACAAUAACAACAACAACAACAACUCCUCGUCGCACUCCGGCGAGGACAUGGGAUCCAGCUCGACGUCCUCACCUGAUUCGAAGAAUCCGGGGUCGACGGUGGAGACUGCGGCGGCAACGGUCACGACGACGACGACGCAAUUCGCGGAGUUGUCCGGUGAGAACGAGAAGCUGAAGAAGGACAACGAGCUGCUGAGCUCGGAGCUGGCGCAGGCGAAGAAGCAGUGCCACGAGCUGAUUUCCUUCCUGACGGGUUAUGUCAAGGUCGGGCCGGAGCAGAUCCACCGCAUCAUGCGGCAAGGGGAAGCUUGCUCCUGGUCCAGCAGCGAUGAAGUUGCGCUGGCGGCCGGCGGUGCGGCGGCGGAGGGCGACGGGCGCCAAGAUGAUGAUGAAGAAAACGGGACAUCGGAGGAAUACGGUGAUAACGACGAAGAAAGCGGCGGCGGCGGCGGUCUGAAGCUGUUCGGGGUGCUGGUGAAGUGCAACGCGCCGAACAAGAAGAAGAGGGGGCGGUCCGGCGAAGAAAUUGGGUUCGGUGGUGCUGGGCUUCACGCGAAGGAAAUCAAGAUAUGCAACUGAAGGAGGAAGAAUUGGGGAAAGUAAAAAUAAUAUGGGCUGGGUGCUCGCGGUGGUUUUGGUGGGCCUGGCCCAUAUAUGAUCUGUAGUGUUUGGAUUAAAGGGAAACCAGGUAGAAAGGGUGAGAAAGAAAGAAGUGAAGAAGGGUCUAGAAUAAUGAAGGUGUUUUUCAUCACUUUUAUUGUUUUUGAACUUUUGGAACUCUGUGCAGUAAAUUGUCAUAAAUAAG